GAUUGUGAGAUUCAGAGCUACUGCUGUGUUGUCGGCGUGAGAGUGGUAGAAUUUCAAUUUCAAAGAUUGUGAGAUUCAGCCUAAAAGUGAGAGAGUUUCAGUUUGAGAGAUUGUGAUUUGUGCGAUUCAGCCUGAGAGUGAGAGAGUUCCAGUUUGAGUCUUUGAGAGUGAGAGUUUCGGUCGUAGUCAGCGCGAGAGAGAGACAACACUAUUCACUUUAGGCUUAGGGUUUUGUUUUUGCAAUUUUUUAAAUUUACGUUUUCUUUUUUCUUUUUUUUUUAUUAAAAUGCAGAUACCUACAAGCAUUACCCAGCCCACCUGCUUUUUUCACGAACAGACCAGGAUCAAAGGCACUGUGACUCGGUGAAGAGCUAUAGCCAGUUAUGGGAAAUCUUGAAGUUGGCUCUUCUGAUUACCAGCCUCAAUCAGAAUAUGAAUUACAACCUCAAGAUUAUCAAUAUGAGGCAACUCAUGAAGCCAUGGCCUCUCAGGAUCCACAAGCCCAACAACAAUUCCAGCCACCACAACCGUAUCCACCACCAUUGCAACCUAACCAGGCCGCCUACGGGGCUCAGCUGGGGCCGCCUGCAAAUUUUCCGCUCCAAAACUUUCAACUGAAUUCACCCGGGCUGAAUCAGCCCGGGGUGCAGUGGCGGAUUUACUUAAUGACGAGUGGGGACCAUGGCCCCCACUCAAACUCUAAAAAACUUCAGAUUGUAUAAAUAUUUAUAUUUAGUUGCAUUUUACCUCCUAUAAGACUUUGACAUUUUGCCCCCACAAAUUUUUUUUGUUUAUUUUUUGCCCCCAUCGAGUGAAAUUCCUAGAUCCGCCACUAUCGGGGUGUAUCCGCAACAAGGCCCACCGUUAGAUCUGAUUAAACCCGUGCAGUUUCCGCCUUCCGACCCGCAAAAUAACCAAACAUAUGGGCAGAAUCAGCCGGGGGCUUACUCACCAUAUACCCAGAUGCCCAUGCCAGCCCCGCAAAAUCUUGUGAAUUUUCCUCCAACUGGACCCCAAGCUAUUACAGGGAUGCAAUUUCGGCCCAAUAAUGGGCCAAAAGCACCAUAUGGGGUUCCACUUACAGGCCUGGGAAAGUUGGGAAACGGUUGGCAUAGUGAGCUUUUUGAUUGCAUGAAUGACCCAAUGAAUGCUCUUGUCACUAUUCUCUUCCCGUGCUUGACGUUUGGCCAGAUUGCAGAGAUCAUCGACGAUGGCCACACCUCAUGUGGGACGAGCAGAAUGCUAUACGCUGGGGUUGCGUUUUGCAAAGGGUUGCCAUGCAUAAUUUCAUGCACGUAUCGAACAAAGCUCAGGAAUAAGGGUGUUAUCGAGCCGAGCCGAGCCGAGUUUUCGCCAGCCCUACUCAGGAACAAGUUUGGGCUUCCGAAGGCUCCAGCACCCGACUGGAUCAGCCAUUUUCUUUGUGAUUACUGUGCUCUUUGUCAAGAAUAUAGAGAGCUUCAAGCUAGAGGCUGGGAUCCUUCCAUUGGAUAUCAGGGAAACCUAGCGAGGAACUCAAACAUGAAUAUGAAUCAUGUUAGCAUGAUGCCUCCAGGGAACCAAAGAAUGACGGGUUGAAGAGAACUUCUGGGUGGCUUUCAAUUUAGUUUUUUUGAUUGUAAUGUUCUAAGACAAAUAAAUGAAAUCCGCUUUGUAUUUAUAAUUUGAAUUUCGAAGCUGCCCAUGUAUUGAAGUAA